AGACAGAAUUAUAUAUAAAUUCCAACACUUUUUUUUUUCUUUUGCAAUCCAAAAAAUUGUAAACCCAGUUAAACUUUUUUUUUUUUUUGGUUUAUUCCAAGGGGAUCUUUUUUUUUGGUAUUCCUUUUCCCUUCCGAUGGUGCAAAAAGACCCGCCGAACGACCAGCUUCGUCGUGACUGGCAUACCCUGGCCAUUGAUGUGGUGGCCAAGGAAUUAAAUACCUCAUUAACCGACGGUCUUUCCAGCUCGGAAGCAGCUGAACGACAACAUAAGUAUGGAUUCAACGAACUCGCAGCCGACGGUGGAGCGACCUGGUUCAAGAUCUUGUUACGUCAAUUUGCCGAUGCGAUGAAUUGGAUUUUUAUCGCUAUGGGUGCGGUAUCCUACGGUCUGGCCGAUUAUAUCACUGGUUCUCUCUUGAUGUUUAUUGCCAUUCUCAAUCUGGGUCUCUCCUUUUCACAAGAAUACGCCGCCGAACAAACUUUGGCCGCCCUGCGCAACUUGUCGUCUCCCAAUGCCGAAGUUAUCCGUGAUGGAAAAGAACAACAAAUCGCUAGUCGAGAAAUCGUUCCUGGCGACCUGCUACUCAUCAAAGAAGGCGACUCUAUUGCUGCCGACGCCCGCUUAUUCUACGUCUCCAACCUCGAAGCUGACGAAGCCCUGCUCACCGGUGAAUCGGUUCCUGUUACUAAGCAACUCGUUCAACUGGAAUCUCCAGAUGAACCUUUGGGCGAUCGUAUUAAUAUGGCGUACAGUUCAACCAUUGUCUCCAAAGGCCGUGGCAAAGCGCUUGUGACGGCCACCGGUAUGAACACCGAAAUUGGCAAGGUGGCCGCCAAACUGAACGAAGCCGGUGACGGCGAUACCACUCGUCUUCAGAAGAGUCUCAACCGCAUGUACUUUUACCUUCUCGUUGCCGCAGCUCUUUGCGCGAUUAUUGUUCUGGCCACCGUAAAAUUCAGACCCAACUAUGACGUGGGCAUGUAUGCCAUCACCGCUGCUUUAUCCGUCCUUCCUGCCGGUCUGACCACCGUCAUGACCGUCACUCUCGUUUUGGGCGGCAAAGAAAUGGCUCAGCAAAAAGCCGUCGUGCGCAAACUGAAAUGUCUCGAGACUCUCGGUUCAAUUACAAAUAUUUUUUCAGACAAGACAGGUACCUUGACCAUGGCCAAGAUGGUCGUCGUGCGUUUCUGGACUCCGGAGAAAGGUUUCUUCUAUGUCACUCCCAAUGGUUUGGCCCCCGAAGGCGACAUUUACCGUACGUCAGAAUUAUCCGAAAAAUCCGUCGAUGCAACCAGCGACGAAGUCCUCGAAGUCGUAGAGAAGCAUUCUUUAUCCCCGGAACUGAACAAACUGGUGGAAUGUGCCGCCUUGUGCAACAUGUCCAGCAUUCAUCGACGUGUGACAGAUACCAAAGAAGCCAUCAUCAAUGCCUCACCGGAUUUGGACGAGAAACCAAAGGAAGACGAAACCGAAUCGGAUGACUGGAUCGCCAGCGGUGCACCGACCGAAGUCGCACUUCAAGUCUUUGCGCACAAAUUUGAUCUUGGCAAACCUACUUUGGAAGCCAUGGGUUGGCACUUGAAGGCUGAAUAUCAAUUCGAUUCCACGAUCAAGCGAAUGUCGACCCUUUGCAGCAACCAAGAGACCGGUGAAACGGUACUUUUCACCAAAGGUGCGGCCGAACGAAUCAUUCCUCUGUGCAAAACUGUGGGUGCCGAAAAGGGAGAAGACGAAAUCAUGGACGUCGUUCAUCGUCUGGCCGCCAAAGGUUUGCGUGUGAUGGCGUUGGCUUACCGACCGUUCCCUGACGACAUCAAGAUCGACACUGAAUCGCGUGAAGACAUGGAAACCGAACUGCAAUUCCUUGGUUUGACCGGUAUUUAUGAUCCUCCUCGUGCCGAAUCCUGUGAAGCCGUCCGCCAAGCGCAUCAAGCCGGUAUUUCCGUUCACAUGCUGACAGGCGAUCAUGAAAUUACCGCGACAGCGAUUGCCAAGGAAAUCAAUAUCUUGAACGAGCGAACCAUGAGCCCUGAAUUGAUUCGUAGCUUGGUGAUGACCGGUACUCGCUUUGAUGCUUUGUCCGACGACGAAAUUGACGCUCUGGAACGCUUACCUUUGGUGGUUGCUCGCUGUUCUCCUGAAACCAAAGUGAAAAUGAUCCAAGCUUCCGAACGACGUGGUAACAUUUCCGCCAUGACGGGUGACGGUGUCAACGAUUCGCCUUCCCUUCGUAUUGCCGAUGUCGGUAUUGCCAUGGGCAAAAACGGUAGCGAUGUAGCGAAGCAGGCUUCCGAUAUUAUCUUGACAGAUGAUAAUUUUGCCACCAUCAUUCGAGCCAUUGCCGAAGGUCGUCGUAUCUAUCAGAAUAUGCAGCGUUUCUUGCUGUACUACUGGAUUUGUCUUCUCGGUGUUGCCCUGGUGGUCCUGGUAUGUCUGUCUAUCCGUGAUCCUUCGGGAAAGACGGCCGCUCCUCUGUCUACGCUGCAAAUCAUUUUCUUGUACAUUGCUAUUACUCCUCCUGCCGGUGCUUUGAGUGUCCAACCAGCAUCCAAGACCGUGAUGCAAGAACCGCCUCGUCCUCCUACCGAAAGUAUCUUUAACAAGGAAAUUUUGCUCGACACUGCCGUCUAUGGUCUCGGUAUGACCAUCAUUUCCAUUAUCGCUUUCUUUGUGCCUCUUUACACCACGGGCAACGGCGUCACUGGCGUGUCUUGCGAUUCCCAAUACCAUGAGAACCCAGCCGGAGCUUGCGAUGCCUUCUUCCGAGCUCGUUCCUCGCUCCUUGUUACCGUCACCUUUGCCUGUAUGGUAGUCAUGAUCCACUGUCGCAGCUACCGAGAAGUGGAGUGGGGCUGGCGAGGCCUGAAGGAGACCCUACGAUCGCGUACGUUUAUGGGUACCUUGAUCUUUGAUAUUGUGUGUCUGGUCAUCUUUUUGUACAUUCGUGUGGUAGCCAUCGACGGUUUCCGAAUGAUUGGUAUUACUUGGGAAUGGGGUCUUGACAUUGGUUUGAACAUCUUUUACACCGCCUAUGGUGAAUUCUACAAGUGGAUCAAACGAAAAACCAUGCGUCCUUUGAACAAGCAGCCCAUCCAUAAAGAACUGGCCGGCACCCUCGAGUAAAGUUCUAACCAUUUUUUGUCUCCUUUGAUUAUUUAAGUAUUUAUCCCCUACACUAUUUAUCACGAUUUUUGAUAUUAUCAUCACCAUUUUUUGUUUUUUGAUCCGUUCAUCAAAAUCAUCCCACAAAUUGUUAGAAUAUGAUAU